UUAUCGAUACAGUAUAUAAUUAGAGAAAUCUGGGGGGUCGCUGUUUGAUUAUAUUAUGGAGAGCUAUCGACCAUCCUCCCAUAGCCCUUUCAGGUCCAGACGCUCACAUCCAGCUCUAAACCACAUCUCGCUAGCACCACUUACACCGCGAUUCCCAAUCGACGAUUUACCGGAACAAGAUGACUACUUCCAAUCCGCCCAUGGACAGUCCACCUCAUAUCUUUCUAGUUCAUCAGUUCCCAACACUCCACCGAUUCUAUCCCAUUCACGCGCCAGUUCUCGAACGCGACACCAUAGGCGCAGUAAGAGCUCCAAUCACACACUCAGUGACACGGAUCUCCGGAGUCUAGGCGCUCGAAGAGGAAUACAUCAUCAACAGGCUCAGACCGGUGCAUCAAAGUCCGGAUCACACACACCUGGCUCUUCGUCGUCUACGGGAAGAAGAAAAUCUCAAGAUUCGGAAUGGCUGCUCCGAGCGGGCCUUGCGCUCACUUCAUCAACCAGGGAAGAGAAGGGGCAGAGUUGGCUAGUCAAAAGGGAGAGUUCUACUAGCUUGGUGGCUGAAGCAGAGCCGGAUGUGAUUCGGAUAACCCGACAUCAUCGACGUGGGAGGAGCACACCUUUUCGAUCUGCACGGUCAUCCGCUGUGUCAACGCCCGCAGCACUAUCGCGACGACCAUCGAGGUCCCGCGAGCAUAGUAGAUAUGCCAGUCGUGCAGAUUUCGGCAUGACGUCAAUGGAUGUAGAGAGUGGUGGUGCAUCUAGGCAUUCGCGCAAAUCUAGCAUGGGAAGCUAUCAUGCAACGCUUCCGGACUUUGUGGAUGCACGUAUCCGUGCUGAAAUUGCUUCUAUUAAUGGUCGUAAUCUUGAGGAUUACGACGAUGACUACGAGGAUAAUCUAUCCGGCUCAUCAUUCUAUGAUUCGGAAUCCGAGUCGGACGAUGAAAUGGACGAGAGGGAGUUUCAGCGGCUGACCCGUGAGCGAGGAUUCGGUCUUGGAACAUGGGUUGACCAAUUUGUUAGCUGGACAUUGUUUGGUAUAGAAGAAGAAGUUUCCACAUCACCAGCUCCUGCGUCUGCGGAAGAGUCUAGCCGUCAUGCUAUUGUUGCGUUUGAGCCGGCUUCUGCAACAAUAGUCAAAGGUGAGUCUAUUGAUGAUGACUCGGAUGGUGUUGUUGAUCGCGAUGAGGCUACAGGUCCGGUAGAGAGAGCCGGCGACAAAGGAGGGUGGGCUGAUGCAACUUGGUUUUUGAGAAUAGCCAGGAAGGCAAUCAUUUAGUCUUCAUGCUUGCGGCGUUCCGCCUUGAUUUUGGACGGGUGAUCGAAUGCGCAGCGAUUUUUCUAGCUGAAGAGUACAUUGAGUUUGCUAUAUUAUUAUUGAUCCAUGGGUUGGCCACAGGUCCAACGAUUUCAUUCCGAAUGACAUAACUAGAAGUUGACGCAGGGCUGAUCAAAAGACUCUCAAAGAUCAGAAUUCCUGAUAUUUGCGUUGGAUGUAUGCAUUAUCUUGCAUAGAUAAUGACAAGUUUAUUGAUCCUCUUGAAAGUUUGCCGUACACUCGCAAUAAUAAUGGAAGGGGAACCCUAGUGUUAGGGCUAGAUCAUCACUACGUGUCCAGGAAGGGAUACCCCAGUUCAUGCAGUCCAUUAUAAUCCACAUUCCUAUAAUGAAUCCCAUUCU